AUGAACCCGCCUGCUAUGCCCCCCGCUGCCGGUCCCUCCUCCGCGUCCUCUUCUUCGGACCCACCCCUCUUCCUCAUGAAGUUCACGGGCAAGACCAAGGCUGACAAGAUCGCCCGCGACGCCGCCCGCCUGUGCGAGGCAGAGGGCAUCAGCCUGGAGCAGCUACACGCCAACAUCGCCGACGAAGUCUCCAGGGUCGAGCAAUAUUUCAGUCCUCAUUCCAUUCGACACCGGCAAGAGUUGCAAGAGCUUUGGUGCGGCUACCUGACGCUCUUCGCGGGCGAGGACGCCGCUCAGCACUGGUGGUACUCGACCCACUACAACGCUCACUCGGAAAACUUUCUCGCUUUCAGGGUCAAGACCACCCGCGGUCGAUACACCGACAAUGUGGUGUCGAGCACCCUGGGCGGAUGGUUCAACUGCCUGCUCUUCCUCAUCGCUUCCACCGCCCACGAUCCGGUCUCGAAGCUGCGCGUCGGAGACAAGCUGUUGACCGACGGAGGUCUGUACCAGAGGUUGAAGAACUGCGUACACUCUCUCGUCCUCACACACAAACUGCCCCGACAUCGGCUCGAGGUCGACCAUUGGGGUCUCCCGCAAGCCUCGUUGCUCAUCCAGGAAGCCUUGCAAAACACGACCAACAACCAUCGCCUUCACGCCAUCGGCAACUGUACCCUCAUCUCCCUCGCUCUCUUCACCGGCCUCCGACCAGGCUCUUUUGCGCCGUCUUGCGAUCUGUAUUUGCGGCACGGAAGGUACAUGAAGCUCCGCGAUCUCAAAUUCACACGCAUAAGCAAGGGUCGCUUCCGCGUCGUCCUCACCGUCUUGAACUUCAAGGGAGAGUUCGACUCCCUCAAACCGAGCACCCAGAAAGUCUGCCUCAUGCCGGUCAACAAGGCCCACAACUUGAUCUUCGAACCCCAGCUUUGGCUCAUCCUCUGGCUCUUCCUCCGUGGUGCGUUCGACCCCAAACUCACGGUCCAAGACAUCAUGGAGGACGACCACACCCACCUCCUCGUUCGCGAACAAUGCCUCGAUUGGCCCUUGUUCUGUGCCUACGCCAUGGGAGACCAUGGCUUGACAAACGACUCGCCCACCCUCACCUCUAGGAUCUACCACACCAUCAAGGCGCUCGGGGACAACGCCGGGCUCUGGUCCGGCCGUGGCCUCUACGACUUUCGCAGGGGUGCACUGAACGAUAUCGCCUCCAAGCUCGGUGACCAAGUGGCCUCUCUUCUUGCCAAGCACGCCGACGCGGGCACCACGUUUUCCAAGUACUACUCUCAGCGCAUGCUCGUCUACAACCUCGUCAUGCUCCGAUGCGGGGAGCUUGAUCACGUCCUCCCGGACCUCGCAAAGCUCAAAGCGAACAUGAGUGAGAUGCACGAGGACUCUGCCGUCAUCGCAAUGCUCGGUCGUGCGGCGCUGAACGAUGCCGUCAUGCCGGGCCAGCCCUUUGAGGGUGUUCCAGCCCUCCAAGUCAACGUGAAGACCCGCUAUGGUGUCCUCUCCCACGGCAAGGUUGCGCUCACCUCCGAGCAGAAGGAGGCGCUCGGCGACGAGGUAGAGGACAAAGUUUUCGAAGCCGUUGAGGACGCCUACGCCGCGUACCGUGCGCUCGUCGUCAAUCCACCAAAGAAGCUUCCUCCCACGAUCGACCCAAAGGGCCGCAAGCCCCCCUUUGCUCAGAUCAAGUGCGAGUAUAACGUGGCAGAGGGCGAGGUGAAAGAGGCCCGUGAGAAGCUCGAUGCCGCCUACAAGGCCCGGGAAAGUGCCAAGCGCAAGGUCGUGAAAAAUCACCUCAAACCGAAGACGCGGGAAGCCAGGCAGCAGCUCCGCGCCCACCUGAUGGAGUCGGAGACGGUUUCAGAACGCGACAAGGCUCGACAAGACCUCGACCGGGUCAAGAACCCAUCGACCCUGUUGGCCGCUGCGGUGGAGCAUCACCAACGGACGAUCGGGCCGGCUAUGACGUCUGAAGCCUCGACGUCCGAAGCUGCCACGUCCAAAGCCUCGACGUCUAAUGCCUCGACGUCUGAAGCGGCUCUACCACCUGUCUAUGAAGAACUCGAUCCAGAAGUGGCGGCCCAGUGUGCGCAAGAUUUCAGCAAAAGCCUCCCUCUGUCCAUCUCCAUCGACCUUGCUGGUUUCACAAAGACGGUCCAAAACGGUGCCCCCUCUGAGCCCCACUCCGGCGACCAACCUCCGCCACAGGUUUCGGACUGGAUCGAGAAGGACUUCAGCCAUGGCGCCGACGUGGACCUGUUCGACGAUCAGACAGAAGCUGAUGUGUUCACAGAGAAUGGCCUCGACAUUGGAGUAAACUCCUUGCGCCUCAAACUCAUGCUCCAUAUCGGGAGCCCCGUGCUGGCCUACCAAGCAGACAGAGCUCGCUUCUUUCUCACAGUUUGGCCGGGCAGCUGGGCCCAUUCGGAGUGGGCUCAAGUCAUCAAUGCAGUCAGGCCCAACUCUGAAGAUGACAAGCACUUCAAGUGCAAGCACUGUAACCCCGAGGACUUGUUUGAAACCCAACGUGAUCUCGUGGACCACCUCCUGAGUCUGAAAUGCAAGAACGGCUGGACGAACCGCAUCCAUCUUGCCGAGUUCCUAGACACUUUGCACAAGGACACAAGGCCCCAUCGCAGACGCGCUCAUGCAGAGUGGCAGCUGCGGCUUGAAACAGCUCAGUCCCUGGACAACGGCAUUCUUGAUCCUUCAGCAUCCACGACCACUGGCUCCUUCUCAACGUCAGCUGCUCCUUCUGCAACCAGUGCCCCUCAAAAAGGGAAGCGCAAGCACUCCGCAACCCAGGCCGACGCUUCUGGCUCCAAGCCAGUCAAACGUGCACACCAGAAGGUCUGA